UUCAGACGUGGCACUGUGUGACGUCAUCAGCGCGCGGCCGUGUUCCACUGUUGUUUUCUCGCACUUCUGCUCCCGUUUCAAAACUUACACUCCUUUUAAUCGCGUCAGGACAGAGUGAAGAUGAUGGAAGAGAGUGGCAUCGAGAGCACCCCGCCGGGCACCCCUCCACCUCUCCCGACAGCGGCCACCGGCCCCCCGCCACUCUCCAGCGGUGUUUCCGGCCCUCCAACCAUCUCCAGCCCCUCCAGCAUCUCAGCGUUUUCCCCGGGGGUGGGGUCCAGCCCUGUUCCCUCCAGCAACUCAGCAUUUGCCCCAGGGGGGUUUACCAGCCCUGUUCCCUCCAGCAACUCAGCAUUUGCCCCGGGGGGGUUUACCAGCCCUGUUCCCUCUAGCAGCUCAGCCUUUCCCCUGGGGGGGUUCUCCAGCCCUGUUCCCUCCUCACUGCCCCCCCCGCCUCUCUCUCUCGGCCCGGUGUCGUCUCCUCUGGGUCUGAGUGGCCCGUACUCCAGCCCCAGUGCCCCCUUCACCCCCCCGUCUGCAGCCCCUGCUGCCCAUCUGGGCCCCGUCCUCUCUGCCCCCCCCAUGGGUCCACCCACCACCGGCUUCUCUGUGAGUGCAGGAUAUGACAUCACACGGGGCCACGCUGGCCGCACCCCUCAGACACCCCUGAUGCCCAGUUUCUCCAGUGCCGCACCUAUGCCAGGUAUAAUUCAAAAAUCUCAACCUGCCUGACCUUGUUUACUCCUGCCUGAGUGCCUCACGUGUUCAGCGAGCCUCGUUAGGCACCAGUGUGUACGCAUGAAUUUGUGUGUGAAAUCUUGAUUCAUUAAACUUUUGUGAAAUUUACUCAAAAUUUAUGGUAAAUGUCAGAACAGCUGAAACCACAAGUACACAAAAAUCGCAUACAUAUAAAGGUGCC